AUGAGGCUUCCCCAUCUAUCCAUCAUACCCACCGUAACCAGCCUUGCACUAAGCGGCACCCUCCUCGCGAUGCCUACCCUAAAUGAGCUCGAAAAUACCGUCGGCGGCGUCGUCAUCACAAGCAAUAGCACCGGGAAACGUUGCGGCGUUACCCUCUUCGACGGCCGCUUCUACGCCGGAGUUCCUUUUGUCAUCAGCGCGCCCGCAGAUGUGUGUAUCGCUCUCGACCCAGAAUGGCACAUCGGCACCACGCAGAGCUUCAGGAUCGACACCCCGGAUUGCCACUGCAGGAUGGGCUUAUUCGUCCCGGGAAAAUUAGACGGAGAUCACUGCCACGAUUUACAGCCGGAGUAUGACUUUGGGGCGCCGGGAUGGGAUGAUAUAACUCAGUGGGUAGGAGGCGUGUUGUGGAGCUAUGUCUGCACAUGA